AUGUCAAUUGAUCAGCAAGUGUCUCUUAAAAUAACAACGCACGGGAUCCCAAAUGGGAUCAGGGUUGCCAUUUGGGAUUGCCUUGCCAAAGGGUUGCCUGUAUAAAAGACACCGGUCCACAGAAGCAAUCAAUCAGAUUCCAAACUCACCACCAUGGCCAAGACCAAAGAGCUCUCCAAGGAUGUCAGGGACAAGAUUGUAGACCUACAUAAGGCUGGAAUGGGCUACAAGACCAUCGCCAAGCAGCUUGGUGAGAAGGUGACAACAGUUGGUGCGAUUAUUCGCAAAUGGAAGAAACACAAAAUAACUGUCAAUCUCCCUCGGCCUGGCGCUCGAUGCAAGAUCUCACCUCGUGGAGUUGCAAUGAUCAUGAGAACGGUGAGGAAUCAGCCCAGAACUACACGGGAGGAUCUUGUCAAUGAUCUCAAGGCAGCUGGGACCAUAGUCACCAAGAAAACAAUUGGUAUCACACUACGCCGCGAAGGAAUGAAAUCCUGCAGCGCCCGCAAGGUCCCCCUGCUCAAGAAAGCACAUAUACAGGCCCGUCUGAAGUUUGCCAAUGAACAUCUGAAUGAUUCAGAGGAGAACUGGGUGAAAGUGUUGUGGUCAGAUGAGACCAAAAUGGAGCUCUUUGGCAUCAACUCAACUCGCCGUGUUUGGAGGAGGAGGAAUGCUGCCUAUGACCCCAAGAACACCAUCCCCACCGUCAAACAUGGAGGUGGAAACAUUAUGUUUGGGGGUGUUUUUCUGCUAAGGGGACAGGACAACUUCACCGCAUCAAAGGGACGAUGGACGGGGCUCAAGAUGAAGCACAUUAAGGUCCUGGAGUGGCCUAGCCAGUCUCCAGACCUUAAUCCCAUAGAAAAUCUGUGGAGGGAGCUGAAGGUUUGAGUUGCCAAACGUCAGCCUCGAAACCUUAAUGACUUGGAGAAGAUCUGCAAAGAGGAGUGGGACAAAAUCCCUCCUGAGAUGUGUGCAAACCUGGUGGCCAACUUCAAGAAACGUCUGACUUUAAAUUUCACAAGAAACAUUUACUUUAUAUACAUGUCAAUCAUGUACACUAUAUAUAUAAAAGUAUGUGGACACCCUUCAAAUUAGUUCGAUAUGUCUAUUUCAGCUACACCCGUUGCUGACAGGUAUAUAAAAUUGAGUACAAAGCCAUGCAAUCUCCAUAGACAAAGAUUGGCAAUAUAAUGGCCUUACUGAAGAGCUCAGUGACUUUCAACGUGUCACCAUCAUAGGAUGCCACCUUUCCAACAAGUCAGUUUGUCAAAUUUCUGCCCUGCUAGAGCUGCCCGAGGCAAAUGUAAGUGCUGUUAUUGUGAAGUGGUAACGUCUAGGAGCAACAACGGCUCACCUGCAAAGUGGUAGGCCACACAAGCUCACAGAAAGGGAACGCGGAGUGCUGAAGCGCGUAGCACAAACAAAUUGUCUGUCCUCGGUUAUAACACUCACUACCCAGUUCCAAACAGCUUCUUGAAGCAACAUCAGCACAAAAACUGUUCGUCGGGAGCUUCAUGAAAUGGGUUUCCAUGGCCGAGCAGCCGCACACAAGCCUAAGAUCACCAUGCACAAUGCCAAGCAUCGGCUGGACUGGUGUAAAGAUCGCCGCCAUUGGACUCUGGAGCAGUGGAAAUGCGUUCUUUGGAGUGAUGAAUCCCGCUUCACCAUCUGGCAGUCCGACGGACAAAUGUAAUCUUUGUGGCAACAGUUUGGGGAAGGCCCUUACCUGUUUCAGCAUGAGAAUGCCCCCAUGCACAGAGCGAAGUCCAUACAUUAAUGGUUUGUCGAGAUCGGUGUGGAAGAUCUUAACUGGCCUGCUCAGAGCCCUGACCUCAACCCCAUCAAACACAUUUGGGAUGAACGCCGAGGCCUAAUCGCCCAACAUCAGUGCCCGACCCCACUAAUGCUCUUGAGGCUGAAUGGAAGCAAGUCCCCUCAGCAAUGUUCCAACAUCUAGUGGAAAACCUUCCCAGAAGAGUGGAGGCUGUUAUAGCAGCAAAGGGGGGACCAACUCCAUAUUAAUACCCAUGAUUUUGGAAUGAGAUGUUCAACGAGGAUGUGUCCACAUACUUUUGGUUAUGUAGUGUAUGUCAUACAACUCCAUGUAAUAAUGCAUGUGUUGUUGGUUUACCUUUCAUCCAUGAUUUGGUCUCCAUCAUCACUUGGGUCUAUGCUUGAAUUCACUGACUGGUCAAUCUGGUCACUCAUAGACAUAUGACUAUCUGUACGUAGCUGGAGAUGCUUCAAAUUGUUUCUGUGAACAAAGAAAGAUGCUCAAAGUUUUCACAAUUGAUCUUGCAGGGCUGUUGUUGGAUCAUAACUACUAUCUCCUACUGUUGUGUCCUUGCUCAAGCACACAACUUCUCCAUGGUCACUGCUCCUCUCAGAGUUGUGUGUGUGGGAUGCAGUGGCGUGUAUUUAUGGAUGCUUCCCCAAAACAUGUACCAAAAUUUUUUUUUAUAAUCAUGUAUCUAUUCUUCUUCAAUUUGCAAGAGAACGAAUGUAUCUCAUUGGAGAAAGCAUCUGAGUAAGCACCUCUACCUCUGUAUGUGUAGCCAUUAUAUCUGAUUCUGUCUGGUCAAAAAGAUUAUGACAAUGUUGUCGUCCGUAGCAUUGAAUGCAAGGGAAGCCAGCGAGCAUUUGGCCUCCCUUGAUAAAAAAAAUAAUACAAUAAUAGCCAAUCAGUGUUGAGCUAAACUGAGUGAAAAAAGUGUGAAGGGAAGCUUUACACCAAUCACAUCACAUCAAGCCAAAAGUAAUGUGACAGAAAAUUUUUUGAAUGGUUGCAUCUCGUUGUGUUGUUGUCCUCCGGUGGCUUGCUGGCUAAUUAAAAUUGUCCCUUUCCUAAAUUAGCCAUGGAUGGAGAUAGGGAUUUGGACUUGUGGUUUUACUUAAUUCUCCGUACUGGCCAAUGAUUAUAACGGCAAUUCUGAUCCAACCAUUACCUCAUACAUUGUUGUGCCCCUGGCCUGAGAGGAUGGAAGUUCAAUAUGUACUGUAGCUAGAUGUAGUAGGCUAAUGUUAACUAGCUGGCUCAUCGUUGGCCAUGACAGGAAGUUAGGCUAGCAAGCAAGCAUUUUAGCCAGGUAACCUAGGACAACAAAAACUAAAAGUGUGGACUGUAUGACAGAGUCAUAGACCGUUUCUUCAACAUGAAAGAGAGGAGGAUGGCAUUGGCGUUUCUCUACAUGUAGUCAACAUGUUUUUUCUACUUAUGCACACAAACACUCACACAGAGAGAAAUCAGUACCAUGGACAGCCACAUGAUAUUUAACUAAAUAGUUUUUUUUAUCUUUUAGUCACUGUAUUAAAGUAAGCAUAGGUGAUUUGAUGAUGUUUACAUUUUAAAGUUGAAAUGGUGCUGGAAUAGUGGAGGCAGCUCCUGUUUUCUUUGUGACUUGCGGUAACUUAUUUAAUCAAUUUUAGAAUAAGACUGUAACGUAACAAAAUGUGGAAAAAAAUUAAGGGGUUUGAAUACUUUCCGAAUGUACUGUAUCACGAUGGUAAGGCAUAUGAACUAACGGGUUAUAGAGCAAACAACGCAAUUAUUACAACACAUAGAUUAUAACUUUAAUAAGGCAUUUUUUUCUGGCUUGUCUUCCCCAGUGAUUUUACCCACGCUCCGCUCGAGCAGUUCAAGAAUUGCCUUCACGAAAGGCACCGCUACUGUUGUGGGGGGUUAGGAAACAAGCAGAAGCCACAUUUUAUUGUUUGCUAGUUGAAUAAAAUGCAAUUUAAUAAAAUAAAUGAUCUUAUGUGGAGUGGUGAACAAAUAUGGACUACUUAAAGCUACAUUAUGUAACUUUUUGGGAGAUCCAACCAAAAUUCACAUAGAAUUGUAAGUUAUAGACAUUUUAUUCCCGUUGAAGAGCAAGUCUAAGAAGUGGUAGAUCUGUUCUAUGUCUGCCAUUUCUGUGCUUUGCGUUCUGAAGUUUCGUUGUUGUAUAUUUUACUUUAGGUUUUGUACACCAGCUUCAAACAGCUGAAAAUACAAUAUUUUUGGUUAUGGAAAAUAUAUUUCACAGUGGUUUAGAUGGUACAAUGAUUCUCUACACAACGACUGCUUGUUUUGUCACAAACUGAAAUUAGGUAAAAUAUUAGAAUGUUAGCAACCAGGAAAUGGCGGAGCUUUUCUGCAUAGUGCAUCUUUAAUGUGGUGAUCCCAUCCCUUUAAGAGUGUGCUCCUAAUCUCAGCCCGUUACCUGUAUAAAAGACACCUUGGAGACAGAAAUCUUUCUGAUUGGGAGAGGGUCAAAUACUUAUUUCCCUCAUUAAAAUGCAAAUCAAUUUAUAACAUUUUUUACAUGUGUUUUUCUGGAUUUUUUUGUUAUUCUGUCUCUCACUGUUCAAAUAAACCUACCAUUAAUAUUAUAGUCUGAUCAUUUCUUUGUCAGUUUGCAAACGUACAAAAUCAGCAGGGGAUCAAAUACUUUGUUCCCUCACUGUAAAUCUAAUACGUUAAUGUAUUUUGUUAUGUUUUAAUGUGUGUAAUUUCCUUCCACUUAGCAUCAUCAGCCCAGGAGAGGUGUUCUGUGAUGUCUGUGAGGUCCAAGCUGUGAAGUUCUGUCAGACCUGCACUCAGUCCUACUGUGAGACCCACGUUAGGAAGCAUUACACAGUACCUAAACUACAGAGACACACCCUGGUGGAGGUGACUGGAGACCUGGAGGAGAGACUCUGUCAGGAGCACCACAGAGCUCUGGAGGUGUUCUGCAGGACAGACCAGAAGCUGAUCUGCAGUCUGUGUGCAGUAACAGAACACAAAGGACAUGAUGUAGUCUAUGAAGAGAUAAAACAAGCAGGAAGACAGGUAUAG